ACCAUCUCCGUUCGAUAGUUACCUCGUUUUGUCUUUCUUUGCCUCUCUACCUGCAUAUCUGUACUAAAUCGAAAGGAAGGAUUUAAAUAAUGAUCGCAUGAGAUCCACCCCAAAUCAGAUCAUAAACCGCAUGCUGAAUCAAAAUGCGUGCACGGGCCGGCCUCUCUAAGGAGCGAUUAAAGUAUAACAAGGUCAACGUGUUGCGUCCAGCACCAUGUGUGUGCGCGUUUAUCUAUCUUGCCGUCUUACCGUGCCACAGACGGGGUAACUAUUUUCUCACACGGACGGACAUCGACACAAUUGCUCCGCGUGGCCCGUAUCUAUCAUCGCUCUGCGUGGCGCUCGAGAGUCGCUGGAAUGUUAUUAGUUUGUUAGCACACUUGGUACACAGCGGGUCUGCCGUGCAAACCAAGCAUUUGGGCUCAAUCCCCAAUAACAACAACAGUGACACUAUCUGAUACGACCAACUCAAGCAGUUCGCUCUCUAUGGCGCGUUGUAAGCGUUUGGCCUUAUCGGGGUCACUUUACUAAACGCCUGCACAAACAGUACCCCGGGGAAGUAGGGAAGUGAUUUCUCCCGUGUGAUGAUGUCUUGCUCAUAGAUGGUUGCGUACAGUAGUAGGGGAAGGGGGUUGUCAGAUGAUAAGGAUUGGGCCAAAAUUUGCCAAACUGUGGACAAUACAGAUGGUACGCUUAAUUGGGUGCUAUCUCACUUUCUCGUUCUCUCUGUAAAAGCGCUUGGAAGCUACCUAUAUCUACAGCAGCAACAAUAUUGUGUCGUCUCCAAUGUCCAAUGAUUCAGUAAACAAAUUUGUGAUAACCAACAACACGGUUUGAGCUCGAAGCAAAUGCACUGAGAUUCGAUCGAUCGAUUCGUCAACGACCCCCGGUAACAAUAAUGCCCCAUUAUCGCGUGACUGUCCUACCGGGGGCGAACUUCCGACGUGCGGCUUUGAGCUGCUUGCGGCGGACAUGCAAUCCGAACGUAUCACUCCUUAUCGCACACGUCCUCCUGGGGGGCUCAACCGAACCGAAUUCAUUGAAUGUUGUUUCCGAUUGUUUGACCAGUGGCUGCCUCUCUGGCUUGCCGUGCGCUUCUUCCCGGUAAGGCCAUUGAGUUGCCCAAUAUUGAAUUGCGCUCAUUGAUAUGCAGCGGAAAGCGGCAUUAAAAUAAAACAAACAAAACGCUAACACAACACACAGGAACAGAGGAAGGUCUUCUUCCCCUUGCCGCCAAGCCCUCUCACAAUGCACCCGCCUCUGCUCGCGGUUUAGGCGUUUCUGAGGAUUGAACGGUAUUUUGCUGGAACAAACCAACACACGGGGUGGGAGACCGACCCGUAAGCGUGUAUGCUUAACGGGCGCUGCUGAGAAGGAAAUGGUCUCUCGCCCGGGCCAGUAGCGGCGAAGCUUUUAGCAUCGAAAAGGUUUCUUUCCUUCCUUCUGUUCGUCUGUAGCUGUGUGUGUGUGUGCGCGCGAGGAACAGUGGCGGCACACUUGACCGGCUCCUUCAUUCCCUUCGUUGAUCCGCGACCGUUGGCACCGAUGACCAAACGGAUUUGACUGGAAACUAUUUUUGAUUAUUCUGUUUUGAUUUCCGUUCGGUGGCGAUGAAAUGAAUUGGCCUGUCUGGUGCGCAUCGCGUUCUAGUGUGAGCGCCUUUAUGCCCCAACACCACACCCUGUUUAUGCUCAAUGGCCACGCGGUCAAAGAUCCUGGAAGUCGUAGUGUCCCUGCUGUGUGAUUGUGCCGGAAGAGUCGUGAACAUCGUGUGUCUGUGUCGCUAAUAUGCUCAAUGUUCUUGGCUUCAAAUAUCUAUCCCGAUCCCGAGUCCGAGAAGGCCAUCAUGGGCUCAUUGGUAUUCUGCAUUCAUCACAAGCAAGGCUGCAAAUGGUCUGACGAGUUGAGGAAAUUGAAGGCACAUCUGAAUACCUGCAAGCACGAUGCCAUCCAGUGCCCGAACAAGUGCGGCUCCCAGAUACCGCGCGUAAUGAUGACGGACCAUCUGGCGUUCACCUGCAUCCUGCGCCGUGCCAUCUGCGAGUUCUGCAACGUGGAGUUCACCGGCAUUGGGCUGGAGGAGCACGCCGGCACCUGCAGCUCGGAACCGAUCUACUGCGAGUCCAAGUGUGGCACGCGCGUACUCCGCGGCCGCAUGUCCAUCCAUCGUGCCAAAGACUGUGCCAAACGUUUGCGCCGCUGUCCGCACUGUGGCCGCGAGUUCUGUGCCGACACGCUGGCCGCCCAUGGCGCUACCUGUCCGCGCAGCCCCAUCCCCUGUCCGCAGCGGUGCGACGCGGGGCCGUUCGCGCGCGCCGAUCUCGAUGCGCAUCUGCGCGACGAGUGCAAAGCGCUGACGGUGCCGUGCACGUUCAAGGAGGCCGGAUGCCGCUUCAAGGGUCCGCGCCACCUGCUGGAGGCGCAUCUGGAGGCGAACACGUCCGCGCAUCUGUCGCUGAUGGUGGCACUGUCGGGCCGGCAGGGACAGCAGAUCAACAUGCUGAAGAGCGCCAUGGCGAAGCUGAGCACCAACUACACCGGCACGCUGCUGUGGAAGAUCACCGACUGGUCGGUGAAGAUGCAGGAAGCGAAGACGAAGGACGGGCUGGAGCUGGUGUCGCCACCGUUCUACACCAGCCAGUACGGCUACAAGCUGCAGGCGUCGAUGUUCCUCAACGGCAACGGGCCGGGCGAGGGAACGCACGUGUCCGUGUACAUCAAGGUGCUGCCGGGCGAGUACGAUGCCCUGCUCAAGUGGCCCUUCUCGCACUCCGUCACCUUCACGCUGUUCGAGCAGGGAACGCUCGGAAGCGGCGGCGGCGGCCAGGGAGGCGUCGCGGAAUCGUUUGUGCCAGAUCCGACGUGGGAGAACUUCCAGCGUCCAUCGACCGAGCCGGAUGCGCUCGGGUUCGGCUUUCCACGAUUUGUUUCCCACGAGCUGCUCAACAGGCGCCCGUUCGUGCGGGAUGACACCGUGUUUCUGCGCGUAAAGGUCGACCCAAGCAAGAUAGUGGCAGUGUAAGAGGGAGCAAAGGCAAAAGAGCAAAAGUCCAAUGAUGUGUACAUAGUAUAGAUAAACUUACACCUGUUUCCAUCUACGUUCGAAUCUAGUGCCGUUUGCAUCGAAUCGCAAACCGCCUGCUUCGAAUCGCAUGCCACUACGAUCGAAUGCGUGCACCCAUGGUUGAAUCGCGUGCCAGUACGGUUGAAUCGCGUUCCACUAUGGUCGAAUCAUAUGCCACUACGAUCGAAUCGUGUGCCGCUACCAUUGGAUUUUUGAAAGCAAGAGCAUAGUAAACUGUUUGUUUACGUUUGAAAGCUGUUUCCUUCUUCGCCGACGGCAUUUCAUUUUUAAAAUACUAAUAAAAGGGAUUUAUUCUCUGAUUAUAGGUAAACCCGACGAAUAUUGGUUGAAACCAAGGAUUUUACCAUCAACAACGAACACCGAAUGUUAGUUGAAAACAAGGGUUUUACAAUCAAGAAGGGACCACGAUAUUCGUCGAUAACAAGGAUUUUACGUGUAAUCAGUGAAAAACUGCCUUUUAUUUGUACUAUUUUACAAUCGAAAUGCCGUCGGCGAAGAAAGAUAUAGCUUGCAAACGUAAACAAACAGUUUACUAUGCUCUUGCUUUCAGAAAUCCAAUGGUAGCGGCACACGAUUCGAUCGUAGUGGCAUAUGAUUCGACCAUAGUGGAACGCGAUUCAACCGUACUGGCACGCGAUUCAACCAUGGGUGCACGCAUUCGAUCGUAGUGGCAAGCGAUUCGAAGCAGGCGGUUUGCGAUUCGAUGCAAACGGCACGAGAUUCGAACGUAGAUGGAAACAGGUGUAUAUGCGCGCACACUCACCCCCACCUCCUUCCAAGAAUCUGCUUGGUCCACCUCAUCCCCAACCACAUUGUACAUAGUUGUCCCGUUGACCCCGUCAGACAGCGUAACAAUCAUCCUCAUCCUCCCGCCUUAGUCAUUCGUGUGGGCCAAAUCGGGUAGUUCUCUCCCGGCGAGAGAAGCUGCUACGCGAUGGCGCACGCACUGGGGAUUGGCCGCAGGGCGCUGGUUCGCGCUCCGUUUCCGUCGGCCGGAAUGGAGCGGGAUACUGCGCCCCUGGACCCAGGGGACAGUCUCCAGGACCGUUUGCUUGUAAGAGAACACGGUGUACCAAUCACACUAAAAACGAAAAUCAGCUUCGAAAUCUCAUAGUUGCUUGUAAGGACACGAACAACGCGUCUACACGGCGUGGAACACUUUAGAAUAAGUCUAGUUGCGUAGGCAAAGCGUAGGCGAGCGAGUGCAAACAGGGGAGGGGAAAAAUCACAAGAAAACAAAUUGUUUCGAUUACUUUGU